AGAGAGAGUGGCACAAAAGAGUCCAGCGUCACUUGACUGCUUGUCUGCACACUGGAUGUGCGCAACAGCUCGGACUACUUCCAACAUAUAUAUAUAUAUUUUUAAAUAUCAUCUCAAGCCAAGAUUGUUUUCUUUUUUUGCUCUCAGUUAGUAACAAUGCAACGUUUCAUUGCCUGAUACAAAACUGGGAUUUUUUUUUUUUUUGCUGGUGUUAAUUUGCGCACAAAAAGGACAUAAUGAAGCCGCAAGUUGUGUUCGUCCUGCUGCUGUCGUCGCUGCGCGUAUCCGGUAAGACGCUGAAGUAUCAGAUUUACGAGGAGCAGAAGGCGGGCACGGUCAUCGCUCGCUUGAGAGACGACGUCGCGGACGUUCUGGCCAAACUUCCCGGCUCGGUGCCGCUGCGCUUCCGCGCCAUGCAGCGGGCGGGCUCCUCCUUCCUGGCCGUGCGCGAGCAGGACGGCGAGAUCAGCGUGCGCUCGCGCAUCGACCGCGAGAAACUUUGCGAGAAGAACCCCAACUGCUCGAUCCAGUUCGACGUGCUGACGCUGCCCACCGAACACCUGCAGCUGUUCCACGUCGACGUGGAGGUGCUGGACGUCAACGACAACGCGCCGCAGUUCGCGCGCGCAGUCAUCCCCAUCGAGAUCUCCGAGAGCGCGUCCGUGGGAGCGCGCAUCCCGCUGGACAGCGCCACGGACCCGGACGUGGGUCAGAACUCACUGUACAGCUACGCCUCGGAACCCAACCCUUUCUUUAAGAUCGACGUCCAGUCCAGGACCGACGGGGCGAAAUACGCCGAGCUGGUGGUUCUCAGGGAGCUGGACCGGGAGGUUCGCUCCACUUACGAACUUCAGUACACCGCCUUUGACCGGGGCGUGCCGUCCCGCACCGGAACCACCCUGCUGAAGAUCAACGUCGCGGACUCGAACGACAACAGCCCGGUUUUUGACAAGUCGUCAUACGUAAUAAACCUUCCAGAAAACACACCUGUCGGAUCGCUGCUCAUCGACCUGAACGCCACGGAUGCCGACGACGGCACCAACGCUAAAAUAGUCUACUCCUUCAGUAGUCACGUGUCCCCCAAAAUCAUGGAGACGUUCAAAAUGAACCCCGACAACGGUCACCUCACCCUUAUCUCCCGCGUGGACUACGAGACCACCGACUCCUAUGACAUCGACGUGCAGGCACAGGACAUGGGUCCUAACUCCAUGCCGACCCAUUGCAAGAUCCAGGUCAAGGUGGUGGACGUGAAUGACAACAAACCGGACAUCAGCGUCAAUAUCAUGUCCUCGCAGGGCAACGGGGACGCGGCGUACAUAUCCGAGGCGGCCCCCCUGGACACCUUCGUGGCUUUGGUCAGGGUGGAGGACUUGGACUCUGGUUCCAACGGCGAGGUAGACUGUAAGCUUCACGGUCAGGGUUACUUCAAGCUGCAGAAAAGCUACGAGAACAACUACAUGAUUCUGACCAACGUGUCUCUGGACCGAGAGAAGAGGUCAGAGUUCAGCCUGACUGUGGUGGCGGAGGACCAGGGGACUCCCAGCCUAUCAACGGUCAAACACUUCACCGUGCACGUCACCGAUGAAAACGACAACCCGCCACGCUUCGAGAAGGGCCAAUAUGAAAUCUUCAAAUCGGAAAACAACGCCCCCGGAGCAUAUUUGACGUCCGUCUUGGCCACGGAUCCUGACCUGGAUGUCAAUGGACAGGUGACCUACACCAUCUUGGAGAACUUCAUCCAAGGGAGCUCCAUCUCCACCUACGUCACCGUCGACCCCUCCAACGGCGCCAUCUACGCGCUGCGUACGUUUGACAGAGAAGAAGUGAGUCGCAUAUCCUUCGUUGUGCAGGCCAAAGACGCCGGGAAACCGCCGCUGGUCAGCAACGCCACCGUUGUUCUCAACGUCCUGGACGAGAACGACAACCCUCCGGUCAUUGUGGUCCCCCAGCUGUGGAACUUCAGCGCCGACGUACCCGUGUCAAAGUUCACCGAAGCCGGGCACCUGGUGUCGGCUGUCCGGGCAACCGACCGCGACACCGGAGUUAAUUCUGAACUCGUUUGCUCCAUCGUCGGCGGCAACGAAGAGAACUUCUUCGUUAUGGACCCCAGAACGUGUGAAAUCCACGCCAACGCCAGUCUGGAGAACUUCCCCCACGAGCACGCCGAGCUGACGGUCGUGGUGCGAGACCAGGGAAGUGAGAGUCUCAGUGCCAAAGCGGUUCUGAGGGUCAACCUCUAUGAGAACAUGGAAAACCACGUCCAGGUGAUGGACCAAGGAGAGUCCCCCCUGGACGCGUCGCUGAUCAUCAUCAUCUCCCUGGGCGCCAUCUGCACCGUGCUCCUGGUCAUCAUGGUGAUGUUCGCCGCCCGCUGCAGCCGAGAGAAGAAGGAGACGAGGCAAUCCUACAACUGCCGGGUGGCCGAGUCCUCCCACCAGCACCACCCCCGGAAGCCCUCGCGGCAGAUCCACAAAGGGGACAUCACCCUGGUGCCCACCGUGAACGGCACGCUGCCCAUCCGGGCCCAUCACCGCUCGCCUUCGGCCACGCCCCCCUUGGACCGAGCCCAGAUGGGGAGUAGGACCAAUCACCACAGCCGCCAAUCCCUCAACAGCCUGGUGACCAUCUCGUCCAAUCACAUCCCAGAGAGCUUCGCCCUGGAGCUGGCACAUACGACUCCACAGGUGGAGCAAGUCUCACAGCUUCUGUCCAUGCUCCAUCAGGGCCAGUACCAACCCAGACCCAGUUUCCGUGGCAACAAAUACUCUCGCAGCUACAGGUAUGCAUUACAAGACAUGGACAAGUUCAGCCUAAAGGACAGUGGGCGUGGGGACAGCGAGGCGGGGGACAGUGAUUGUGAAAUGGGGAGAGAGUCCCCCGUGGACAGACUGUUGCUGGGGGAAGGCUUCUCUGACCUAAUACAUUUGGAAAUGCACCACCGCCUCCAUCCAGCAAUGAGACUUUGCACGGACGAAUGUCGGGUUCUGGGACAUUCCGACCAGUGUUGGAUGCCCCCGCUCUCCUCGCCCGCGUCGUCCUCGGACUAUCGCAACAACAUGUACAUACCGGGGGAGGAGUCCGCCCAGCAGCCUCAGGUCGAUGACGACCAGUCCUCGGAGGAGUCGGAACGGCACAAGGGUUUUUCCACCUUUGGCAAGGAGCCCGGCAACGAGGAGGCGGGACCGACGGGGGUUGCUGCCGCCGGAGGAGGUGACGCGUGUACGCCCGUCGGAGGGUCCCUCCUCACGGAGAUGAACAGCGUCUUCCAGCGGCUCCUCCCCCCUAACAUGGACUCAUACACCGAGUGCGCCGAAACAAGCCCGCCCUCGUCCUCGGCAGCCGGCGAGAGAGGAAACGGACGCAACAACGCCGUCCCACAGGAUAGCCGGCGAGGUUUGCUACCCGGUGGCAAGGGUCCCGCUUACCCGCCGGGCGUGGCCGCCUGGGCCGCCAACACCCAUUACCUCAACCCAGGAGGCGGCUCUGUCGGAAGCGGCCACGUUCCGCCCGCCCCUGCCUCCUCGUCAACCCCCGCCAACGGACAGCCGCCGCACCUCAAAUGGCUGCCCGCCAUGGAGGAGAUUCCAGAGAACUACGAGGAGGACGAAUUUGACGGCGUCUUCUAUCAGGGCGGCAAACGCAGCGAGGGCCGCCAAGAGGCCGCCGGGGUGGACGCCAGCGAGCUGGUGCACGAGAUUAACAAGCUGCUGCAGGACGUCAGGCAGAACUAACGACGGCGAAAACGUUUAUUAAACAAAAACAAAAAAAACCCUGCUUUGUGCUCAACGUGACGCUGGUGUGUGUGCUUUUUCCAAAUAUUCUCUCGCUAAUCUGAGAGACGUUCAAUUAAAACAUCAGAAACUCAAACUUGUUGUGAUUUUGAAGGAAAAUCCACCAAAAGACAUUUUUUUUUUUUUUUAAUGUUUCCAGAGGUUGAAAAUUUACAGUGAAUAUUAAAUGUAAAGUGUGAGAAAAAGACGCCUUCACUUGAAUAUUGUGCUCCGUCUCCGGUUUCGUUAUCAUGGAAUGUAAGUGUACAAAUGUAUUCGGGGGUAUUUUAAAAAUACACUUUUUGUAUAUUUAUAUGUGUGUCGAUGUAUGUUUUGUACAGAAAAAGUCUAUUUUUUAUACUGUCAUGUCAUACAUGGUCUCAUGGUCAGUGUCUUUUUGUUCUCCUUUGUUACUUUCGUAUUUAUUUUUUAUGGAAGAUUUGUGAAAACAAUUGAAAAAAAAAAAAAAAAAAAUCACAUUCCAGUACAGUUCCAUGUUGGAAGAUGGUUUGUACGUACUGUGUAGUCAUGACCCAGACCAAUA